AACACACGGAUGGUCUCCACUCUGCAUCGCCUCCUCCACAAAAACCCAUUUUUCGGCCCGAGUAACGUUUCCCCGUCGUCCAUAAUCACGCAGGGGAGAGAAAUGGCCACGCAGAAGCUGAUAGCCAACUUUUUCAAGCCGGUCAACAAGCGUGUGAGCGGAGAGACACAGGACACACAGGUGGCAAAGAAGCCAAAGAUUGUAGAAGGAAAAGAGAAUGAAACGGAGAAAGACAAUGCCCCAGGCUCUCCAAUAAGAUCAUCGUCACCGGAUUCGAACACCUGCCUCAGUCCAGAGCAGAAAGAUCGCAUGCAGAAGAACAAGUUAAAGGCUGAGAUAAAGCAGGCAAGCAGAAAAUUUGGUGCGCUCCAUGAGAACAUAGGAACAAGUUGGUUUUCUGCUUUGAGGGGCGAGUUUUCUAAGCCAUAUUUUGAAAAGCUUAGCCUUUUCCUGGAUGGCGAGCGCAAGAGGUCAACAAUCUUUCCUCCAGCCGAACAGGUGUAUUCCUGGACACACCACUGUGAGCUGCGGGAGGUGAAGGUAGUCAUCUUAGGCCAGGACCCAUACCACGGGCCAAGGCAAGCUCAUGGUCUCUGCUUUAGUGUCCAGAAGGGCGUCCCACCACCACCAAGUUUGUUGAACAUGUACAAAGAGCUUGAAUCGGAUAUCGAAGGCUUUCAGCGACCUUCUCAUGGGCACCUAAUUGGCUGGGCAAAACAAGGUGUUUUGCUUCUCAAUGCUUGCCUGACGGUGCGCGCCCACAAUGCCAAUUCACACAAGGACCAAGGCUGGGAGAAGUUCACAGACUCAGUCAUCAAGGCGGUGUCAGAUCGCAACAAGGGUGUCGUGUUUCUCCUGUGGGGUUCUUAUGCACAGAAAAAAGCAGCUGUUGUAGAUAAGAAGAAGCACCACCUCUUGAACACAACCCAUCCGUCUCCCCUUUCAGCCCACCGAGGUUUCUUGGGAUGCAAACACUUCUCAAAGUGUAAUGAAAUUCUCAAGAAAGAAGGCAAAAGGCCAAUUGACUGGACUUACUUGCCUCUAGAAAUGUAGAAUUUGUCAUUGAUUUGUCCUUCUUACAGAUUUAAGAUUUUAGUUGAGUUUUGCCUGUGGACUAUGAGAAUAUUAGUAAUUGUUCUCAUAACAGAAAUAAUUGUUUGUGGUACAAAGUUUACUCAAGUCAAACAUUCUGAAGAGUUGAUCACUUAGUUACAUUUAUAAAAAUGAUUAUUUACUACUAGUAAGGGUAAUUGUUAAAACUCAAUGCAGGAAAGUGACUGCAUUUGAUAUUUACUUUGCAGAGUUGAAAUUACAAAUUUUAGAAAAUUGUAUCCUUUUAUUUUACAGUAUUCAAGGUCUUUGAAAUUAUGUAAUUAAUAGGGCAUUGUGUAGAGUCAGUUCAUGUUGCUCAAGAAUUUCUGCCAGUACUUUGCAGGAAAAAACGGUGGCAACAAAAUUCCUUAUGAAGGUGAAUGUGUGUGUCCAGUGCAUUUACAAUGUUUACCAAAAGGCUUUUAUUAAGUUGUACAUACUAGGAUGUAAGACUGUGUUAUUUCUGUUUUUAAGAAAAAUGUUUCAGUUAAAGUUAGUUUCAUAACUUUUUUUUACUUUUAUAAUAAAGUUUGCAGCAUUGCUUUUUAAAAAAAUAUUUUCAUUGGAUCCUGAAUAUUUCUUUGCCUAAAAGAAAGUGAUAAAACCUAAAAAAAUAUGUAUUUUUUUUAAUCUUUUAAAAGUAUAUAUUAAUAUUCUAGACAAUUAUGUACUCUUUGCUUUUUACUUAGCAUGAAUUACAAAACAUCUAUUAAAAUGUUUCUCUCAAGGAAGCAAAUUUGAAUGAUUAUGAGAAAAAUGGCAAAAAUAUCUCAGGAGUUAAAGUUCCAGACCUCAGGGACUACUUUGUAUGCUCUGAUUAAUGUUUAUAAAAUGUAAUCAUAAGGGGAUCAUGUCUGCACGCUGUUUUUUUUUUUUUACAUUUUCUCACUAAGUGGAAAUUAGUGUAAAUUGUUUGCUUCCCACAUUAUCUCAGGGGAAAGUUUUUGGAUUUGCAGAGCAGACCCUAUUGCAGCAUCUUUCAAAAUGUCAAUAUUUGUAAUUAAGUAUAGUGUAAUAUAGCCACCUGAAUGGCAGCAGUAUAAAAAUUAUCAUCUACAUAUGGUAAUGACUUCAGAUGUUAACCCAUUUGUGACAGGUAAAAAUGAACAAAAAAUGCUCCUAUAAUCCUGUCCUUUUCCAAUGUUUCUCCAGCAACUGCUCUAAUGUUAAAAUUGCAACAGUGAUCCCCUUUCCAAGUGGGAACACACUUUCACUGCCAAAUCAUUUUUUCAUGUUAAUUCUGCUAUGAUUCAUUGCAUAGAAUAUGUCUCUACUCAUUUAGCAGUUUUUCUGGAUUUACCAACUUCUUUUACCACACUACUCCAAACUCCACUACCCUUGCAUUUCAUCCAAAAGUGUCCUUUCUCCAUUUUUUUCAUCAUUUCUUAAAAAAAAGAAAAAAAAAAGAAAAAAAAAUUAUCCUUUCACUUUUUUUCAUCCUUCCAAGGUUACUGAUACCAA